AUGCUUGGUGACCUGAAGCAGGACUCGCCGCCGAAGAGUGCCGUCCUCCAUCGCAGCUUGAAGAGCGCACCGCUCCAGGUGGUAUCCGGGAAAGGGAAACAUCUAACCUUCUCCAACGGCCAUUCGAUUCUGGAUACGACCUGCGGCGCGGCAGUGGCAUGCAUUGGAUACGACAACAAGCGGGUCAAACAGGCCAUGAUCGACCAAAUCGACAAGUUUUCUUACUGCAAUUCUAUGUUUUUCAGUCACCCCGUGGGCGAGGAACUGGCGGCUGAACUGGUGCGCGGGACUGGAGGCGCGAUGGCCAAAGCAUAUAUCAUGUCUUCUGGCUCAGAAGCAAUGGAAGCGGCUAUGAAAAUGGCUCGUCAAUACUACAUGGAAGUAAGCCCACAGCAGCCCAAGCGAAUCAACUUCAUUGCUCGAGAAGGCUCUUACCACGGUACAACGCUGGGCGCCCUAUCGAUGGGCGGCCACGUUUCACGGCGCAGCCUCUUCGUGGACAUGCUCCUACCCAACAUCGGUCGGGUGUCGCCCUGCAACGCAUAUCGAGGGAUGGGUCCAGAGCAAACCGUAGAGCAGUAUGUCGAGCAAUUGGCCAAUGAGUUGGAUAGCAAGUUUCAGGAACUAGGACCUGAGACGGUUUGUGCCUUUGUAGCCGAACCUGUGGUUGGAGCGGCCCUUGGCUGCGUCCCGGCAGUGCCUAGGUAUUUCAAGGCCAUGAAGAAAGUAUGCGACAAAUAUGGGGCUCUACUCAUCCUUGACGAGGUCAUGUCUGGGAUGGGGCGUUGCGGGUCGCUCCACGCUUGGGAGCAAGAGGACGUGGUUCCUGAUAUUCAAACCAUGGCAAAGGGAUUGGGUGGAGGCUACGCACCAAUCGCUGGAAUGCUUAUUAACCAUCGGGUAGCUGACGCUUUAGAGAGUGGAACUGGAACUUUCUCGCAUGGCCACACCUACCAAGGGCAUCCCGUGGCGUGUGCUGCCGCACUAGAAGUGCAGCGCAUCAUCCGAGAAGAAAACCUGGUCGAGAAUGUUCGCAACACUGGAGCGUACCUGGAGAGCCUCUUGCACGCACACCUCGACAGCCAUCCCCACGUGGGCAAUAUCAGAGGCAAAGGCCUCUUUUGGGGGAUCGAGUUCGUUGCCGACAAGGCGACCAAGGAGCCCUUCCCGCUGUCAGCCAACAUUGCCAACACCGUGCAUCUGAAGGGUUUGAACGACCUCGGUAUCAGUUUGUACCCGGGAAACGGUACCAAAGACGGAAUUUUGGGCGAUCAUGUUCUUCUUGCCCCAGCGUAUAACAGCACCAGUGAGGAGAUUGAAGAGAUUGCUCUGAGGGUGAAGGAUACGGUAGAUCGGACGUUUGCUGAGCUCUCUGCAGCCUAG